UUGUGUGCGCAGAGAAACGGAUAUCAAAUCGAAAACCCUAAAUCCAAUCUACCAUCGUUCCUAUCUGAACAGAGCAAAACGAGAGAGUGAAGCCUUUUCACAUUUCGGUGUCCUCAUGUUUUCAUUAAUACUCCACAGAGGAAGAAGGUCUCGCGAGUUACAUCAAUGGCGGAAUCUCAUGAAAGCUGCUCCUGUAAUAAAUCUUCUUCUUCCUCUACAAAACGCAUCUCCUCCUUUUACUGAAUCCUUCUCUUCUACCACCACCACAGAUCUUCUGAGUCUUGAAGAUGAACGAAAGAGAAAGACUUUCACAGUCUCUUACCUUAUUGAUUCGUUAGGGUUGACCACAAAGCUCGCAGAAUCAAUCUCAAUGAAAGCCAAUUUCAGUAGUAAAGGUAAUCCUGAUUCAGUUCUGAAACUUCUAAGAAGCUACGGAUUCACAAACUCUCAGAUUUCGAGUAUCAUUGCUACUUACCCUCGUUUCCUUGUUGAGAAUCCUGAGAAGUCUCUUCGUGCUAAGCUCCAUUUCUUGAAACUUAACGGAGCUUCGAGCUCUGAGCUUACUGAGAUUGUUUCGAAAGUUCCUAAAAUCUUGGGGAAGAAAGGAGGUAAAUGGAUUAGUCAUUACUAUGAUUAUGUUAAAGAGAUCUUGCAAGAUCAAGAUAAGUGUUUCUUUUCUUCUUCUCCCAAGCAGUCGAAUCGAACUCGGAAUGUAUCGGUUUUGAGAGAGUUAGGAGUGCCUCAGAGACUGUUACUUAACUUGUUGAUCUCUAGAGCUAAACCAGUUUGUGGGAAAGAAAGAUUUGAAGAAUCGGUUAAGAAGAUUGUUGAGAUGGGUUUUGAUCCGGCUAGUCCUAAGUUUGUCAAUGCUUUGUAUGUUUUUUAUGAGCUUAGUGAUAAGACGAUAGAGGAGAAAGUGAAUGCUUAUAAAAGUUUAGGACUUGGUGUGGAUGAAGUUUGGGCGAUUUUCAAGAAAUGGCCUUUCUUGUUGAAAUACUCUGAGAAGAAGAUUGUUCAGACGUUUGAGACUUUGAAGCGGUGUGGUCUAACGGAAGAAGAGGUACGCUUAAUGGUUAAGAGGUACCCUGAGUGCAUAGGGACUUCAGAGGAGAAGAUAGUAAAGUCAGUUGAGACUUUUCUGGAGCUAGGAUUCACGAAUGACGAGUUUGUCAUGAUCAUCAAGCGACAUCCUCAGUGCAUUGGAUUAGCUGCGGAUUCGGUGAAGAAGAAGACUGAGUUUCUUGUGAAGACAAUGGGUUGGCCUCUAAAGGUAGUGGCUUCUACACCUAUUGUACUCGGAUUCAGCUUGGAGAAGUUCAUUUUCCCUAGGUGUAAUGUAAUCAGAGCUCUUGUAUCGAAAGGGCUGAUCGAUGAAAUCCCUGCGAUCUCAACUGUUUUGACGAGUCCCAAGUUGAAGUUUUUGAAGCUUUUUGUAGAGAAGCACAAGGAUGUGUCAGCUGAUUUGGUCUCUAUCUUCACCGGAGAUAGCAGUCUAAUAGAUUAGAUACCAACCUCAAAGAUUGCUUAUUGUGAUUUCUUCUAUCAUUAGAAAAUGUAUUCAUCAGUUUCCCAAAAUGUGACCUUUUUGUUGUAAAGAAACACUUUUUAGGGAGUAAAGCUAUAAAUAAGGACAGUUCAAGCUGAUUCAGACAAGAAACCUUGGGAUCAGUAAGAUAUUGUGAAGCCUUGUCACUGUCUACUAAAAACUUGGUCGUUUUCGCAAUUAAGGGUGCGUUUAAUAUUUGUCUCCAAUUAGUCUUGUAAUUAGUUUUAUUAACCUUUUUGUGUGGUCACAA